AUGGCCACUGAAGACACUUGGAAGGGCGUGUCGCUCAGUAAACUGUUUCCGGAGGAGACCGCCGGCAUGAAAGGAUAUAUCGAGUGGGAGAGAUACCCUGAUCGGAAGGCUGUCGCUCGCGAUAUACUCAAUGCAAAAACGUUCGACGAUUGUCCAGAAUUCCAAAUCGACCCUCUCCCCAAGACAAACCCGGUCCUCAUCGGACACCGUUGGAAGCAAUAUCAUGAGGCGCUUGGGCUCAGGAGGAUUGUUGACUUUAGCUGGGAAACAGUAUUGCGAGAGAAGCCCGACAUGAUUCAUCUGCUUGAUUUUCCGUACAAUGGCGAGACACCUCGGCCACAAUUGAUGCAAGGCAAAAUCACGGAUAACAAAUUCCACUUUAUCCGGAACCAUGGAGGCGUACCAGACAUUGAAGAGGACGCCUUCGAACUCGAAAUCGGAGGCCUUGUCAACGAGCCUGUCAUACUCAGUAUGAAGGACCUCAAAGAUCCCAAUAAUUUUCCUCAAACAGAAGUCACCAUAACACUACAGUGUAGCGGGACUCGCCGUAUAGAACAAAUCCAGCAAUAUCCUGGCGAUGGCGACGAGUUGAUCAACGCACCAUGGGGCGAAGGAGCGAUCGGUACCGCCGUAUAUCGCGGCGUUUCCUUGAAAAAGGUGCUGAAGAUCGCGUGCGGAGGAGUUCAGCCUGAAUGCCAGCACCUGGAGUUUAUAGGUGCUGAUACGUAUUUUAAAAAGGGAGACAUUUUCAAUUACGCUGUGUCUGUGCCUUACCGCAAGGUUCGCAUGAGCGAGGAAGUCUUGCUCGCGUGGGAGAUGAAUGGAGAACCGUUGCCAAAGAUUCAUGGCUAUCCACUGCGUGUGGUUGUCGCUGGAUACAUCGGUGCUAGAAGCUGCAAAUGGGUGACACGUAUCAACGCCCUAGCUGAGCCGAGCAUGGGUCCUGUGCAGAGCCAAGAGUAUCUUUAUUACGCUUUCCAGAUCGGGAAGCAGAAUGCCAAGUAUUCGAAUGGGUUUUCAAUCCAAGCAAUGCCGGUCUCGAGCGCGAUCAUUUUCCCACAGGACAAACAAGUUAUCGUUCAUGACGGUUCUAUAGAACUGCAGGGAUGGGCAUACAGCGGAGGCGGCAAUUGGGUCGAAAGGGUAGAAGUAUCACCAGAUGGCGGCCAUGUAUGGUAUGCCGUCGAGCAAGAGAACAUGACAGACAAGCACUAUCACGCAUGGAGGUUAUGGAAGAUCAGCAUCCCCGUCGAUGCAGAGGGGUGGGUCGAAUUUUGCGUGAGGACGUGGGACUCUUCCAACAACACCCAGCCUACAUACGUGCGCUCCGCUUGGAACUGGGAUCUCCAUGUCACGUCAUCAUGCCACCGUGUCAAGACCUACAGUAUCAAUAUGUCUAGACCAGCUACGCAGGAACGUCUCAAGCUGAUCAAAGCACACGGCGGCAGCGGUUUCGAGCCGUUGUCUCAGCCCCUUCAUUUUUCGCUCGAGAACAAGGAAGACUAUCUGCGAAUGGUCAGGAAGUGUCCUCGGGAGCCAUCGAGUUGA